AUGCUGAUCUAAGCACAAGAAUAAAAGCAUCUUGCUCAAAGAUUAAUCAACCUCAAAUCAACUGUAGAUAAUAGAGAACCGAAGAAAUUCUAGCAUUUAGCAAGUGUUUAAUCUAAUGAAGGCAGUUUAGCUACAAUAAAAAAGAAAUAAUUUAAUAGUAUGGUGAGAUAGAAAUAGAUUGAUCAAGAAAACUCAUUGCUACUUAAGAAAAUGCUUGAAAUAAUCUAAAGGAAAAACUAAUCAUUUAGAGACGGAGAUCCUUAGCUUGCUUUAAUUUAAAUGACGCAAUAGUAAUAAUAAUAGAAUACAAAGGAUGAUUAAUCAAUUGAUGAUAGCAAGGGCUCAGGUGAAAUAAUGAUUACAUCAGAAAGGAAAAAAUUAUAGAAUUCACAACUUUAAAAUGAGGUUAGCAAUAUGUAAAAUUAAACAUUCUUCAACGGAUCAUUGAAUUAUCAUCAUAGGAAAUAGGAGUAUGAGUAAAUUCAAAAGUCAAAUAAAGUAAUGUUGAAGCAUUUAAAAGAAAUAAAGCCAAGCAUAAAAAGAGGUGAUUGGCAGGAUCACAUAAAAAAAUAUGAACACUUGAAAAAUUAGUUAUAAAAUAACAAAACCAGGCAUAUUUCUCCAUCGUAAAAUAAUAAUAACUCUGUUCUACUCCCAAUUUUGAGUUAGUCAAAAUCAAUUAAGGGCGAUGCAAGGGAAAUUCUACAAGAGAGAUCCUUUCUUUAAUCUUCAAGUACUUCUUAAAGAUUUAACCUAAAAAAGGAUGAUUCAAAUAAACAAGAACUAAAUAAUCAAACUAAUGCUGAUAAUAUUACAAACUAGAGAAUGGACUAAUAUUAAUCACAAUCUUUUAAGAUUGAUGAAAAUCAUACUACUUAGGAUACUCAAUCAGUCACAUUUAAGUUAAAUAAAAGUGCUUUUGGAACUGAAAGCAAUUAAUUUACAGUUAAUUAAACUAGUUAGUUUGCUAAUUAAUUAAAUACUAAAAAUGCUUAAAGUGCUAACCGAAUAUAGUCAAGACUUGAGAAGUCUGCCCAUCAAAGUAAGGUAAACGAUUAUUCAAAUAAAAGAGAUUCGAUGACUCGAUCAGUUCCUCGCCCAAGAGGAUAUUUUGACAAUAUUUUAAAAUCUCCACUCCUAAAUUUUGCAAACUACCCUGAAUCAAUUCUAAGAAAGUAUUAAAGAUAACUCAGACAUAAGCAAACUGAUUCAUCAAUAAGCUCAAAGUUACUCUUAGGAUCUUUAUGA